CUGAAUGGAGGCUUUAUAGGGGAUUUAGGGAAAUAAAAUAAUCAACACGGGGCUGUUUGUAUAAAUGUUGCCAACCAGCCUAUCCCAGAAGGUCCAGCCGGGCGCACAGGUAGAGUCUCGUCCUCUUACGACCUCUGCCAUGAAGCUCUUAAUUGGGUGCCUGGGUCUCGUGGUUCUACUCGGAGCAGUAACCGCGCAGGAAGACAUUGCAAGCGAGUUGAAGAAGAUGAAGACCACAUUGGCGGCCAUGACAAGACAGAUGAUGCUGCAGCAAUUAUUCGUCGAGGAGAGAAUCCGCUCCGACGCCAACUCUGGCGUCAAGAGAAUUCGCCACAACCGAGAGGGCACUCGAAAUUACUACGCCAAAACCCAUACCGGGGCCACGAGCGUUCUUGCUAUCCACGACCACUCUAAUAAUGACCGCACGGUCGGGAUGGGUGAGUUCGUGGGGGUGUUGAAUGGGGUGGAGUUCCGCACAAGGCAUAAUGACUACCGUCUGUACAUGCCGCACCGCACAAGUGCAGAGUACCACGACGUGGAGAAUAUACCAUUCCCUGAUGUACCGCCUGAGGUGACCCAGAAGAAGACUGUCUCCGAAGAGAUAGCCGAGAUGCGCGAAUGGUUCAAGGCGUUUAAGACGCAAAAUCACACCGUGCGAGAUUACCGGAAGUACUUCAAGCCAGUCUUGUGCUACCUGGAGGGCUGGUGGGCCAACGCGACUUCUGACCACAUCGACGAAGGCUUUGAAAGCGACCGGCACUUUAUCGACGCCACAAGCUGGUUUGACUUGCAGCAAAAGAUCCGCUUUACUUCCUACUCAGGACGCAAAGACAACCUCGAAAACUACUCGUUUUUACCCACGUCCAUUUUCAAUGUAGACAACGAUGGUUACCCCCAAUUUGCGCAGUGGAAUUACAGAAUUCUGUGCAAUCCAGUCGGACGCGACAUCCCCUUGAAUCGCUUCCGAAUGGUUGACGAGAUCGGCCCGAGGAUGGCCCGGAAGCGCACUUUUGACGAGCAAGUUGCGACUAGGGCUGCCCGAUUCCAGCUGAAUCCAAUGGACACGGAUAAGUUUGUAGAUAGAUCAACCAAUAGAUGGGCUCUCUUGGACGAGCUUAUGAGUGAGAUUCCUGGCAAAGACAACUACCAGGGCGACUUGCAAGAUGAAGCAUUCGGUCUCACGGCAUACACUCUAAAGCCAGGUUCGAAGAGCAAGCUCAAAGCAGACAGAUACCAUCGCUGGUUUAAAGUCACCGACAAAGGGGCGAUGGGAGAGUCGGAUCGGCAUCGAGGCUUCUCUGACGAAAAUCUGUUUAUGGCUAUGACAACACAGCCCAAGGUUGCAGGAAUGGACCAAACAUUAUGCGAAGGAAGAGGGAAAAAAAAGAAAUGCACGACGCGCACGCAAAGGUGGACGUACGCCAUCCCCUUAGAGGUGAUCUACCUGACCCCCCUGAGCAAGUGGAACCCUUACAAACUGCACCACAAGGGCGCCUUCAACACGCCCUUGGGCAGAACGGUGGAGCAGGGGAACCGAAACGGAGGCAAGACCCUUGACAAGGCGUUCAACGGAACACACAGCAAGAAGUACUACUUGACUCCGAACGAGUUCUUCUCGGGGGAGGAAGUUGGAUCAGGUGCUGCCGACACGACAAGGAAUGCGGUCGGAGUACUCAACAAAGAUGGUACAAAAGUUCACUUGACCAGAGCCACUGGAACACGCAUCUUUUUCCCAAGCAUCGAGGGCGUCGGCGUGGUGCGCCAAAGGUACCCAAUCAUGCCUGUACAUGGCGAGGGGUCGUCCGUCUGGAAGGAACUGGAGGCCCUUAAGGAUGUGGUCUUUUAUUCUAAAACCAACGGGUAUAUCCUAAGGGAAUCCCUCAACAGUGGUCCUAUCCCCACGGAGCCCCCCCAGAAGAGUAUAACGCUACAAGUGGCAAGCGCCCGCAAGGACCCUCCUGGUGCUCACACCCAUCAGAUCAUUACCGAGAUAACACCAGACCAGGUCGAGAAUAUGAAAAAAGGAAAGUCCAUGAAGGUUCGCACUAGCGAACGCGCAGGUCACGACCACGACAUGGUAAUCAAGUACAAUAAGUGGAAGAAGCAGUUUAUGAUCGAGACUUGUGAUCAAAACGACAAGGGCGGUCUGCGGUGCUGGGAUCAGCAUCCAAAGUUCUUAGUUGCGAUGCCCGACGAGUAACUAGCGAGUAGAAUCGGCCUUUCUCGAUUAUGCUAGUAAAACUGGCAUUUAAUGCUACUAUAAAUUCUCGCAUAAAAUAAAAAAAGCCAAAAAAAAGCCUGAUUUCUUUUGAAAAUGCCACUUGAUUUCCAAAGAAUGCUUUGUUUUAUUUCGAACAAAACGUACAAAAUCACAUUAAAUGCUCAUGUUCAUGCUCAUAUCAACAACAGAGGAUACUUGAUACUAAUAUUUGUUUGUGAUAAAACGUUCUAGCCAAAAGCCAUUAAAACAGUCAUACUUAAAGCA